AGAAAGAAUCGAAUACAAAUAUAAUAUGAUAUCAGUGUUUAUUUUAAUCUUGUUAUUGUCAUUUACAUCAUCAAUAUUAUCAUCAACAACAUCAUCAUCAUCAUCAUCAUCAUCAUCAUUAUCGAUGAUGGAUAGAUUUCCUUGCCAAAGUAAUUUAUUCUAUGAUUUUCGUAAUAUUGAUCGUUUUAUGGAUAAUAUGUGUGCACAAUGUUUAUGGUAUAUGGCUGGUAGUGAAAGUCCAUGGAUUGAUUUUGAUUCGGUUAAUAAAUGGCAAGUAAUUUAUAAUUAUAGUGAUCAAAUCAAUGUUCUACUUUGCAAUCCAAAUUGUACGGAAUUUACUUAUGAAAUACUUAAACGGCCAAAUAAUUCUAUUCAAAAAGAAUUAAAAUCUGAAUUUUAUAUGGGACUUUUACUUGAUUGUUGUGAACAAGCACGUCAAUGUUGUGAACGAAUGUUAAAAAAUGGUGAUCAUAAUUUACAUGAAAAAAAUGAUCAUUGUCCAGCUAAAUGGGAUGGUUUUAUGUGCUGGAAUUCCGCUAAACCGAAUACAAUUAAUUAUCAAACAUGUCCCAGUAUGACAUAUUUUGCUCUGGGUAUUAAACCAACAUCAUGUCGAAAUGAAUUAGCAAAUAAAGAAUGUUGGUCGAAUGGUACAUGGGCACGAAUAAAUAAAAUACACUUUGAUGAAAUUCAAAAAAAAUGGAUCAACUAUUCAGAAGAAUAUACAAAUUAUCUACCUUGUUCAACACCUGGUGCAACAUUAAAAUUAAAAUUUAUUCGCACAUCGAUAGUCAUCUAUAUUGUUUCAUUGGUACUCACAUCAAUUGGUUUCAUUUUAUUAUGGUCAUUUUCAAAAGAACGACCUAAAUUAAGAGAAAUUCAUUUAAAUUUUUUUCUAUCACUUAUACUCACCGCAUCAUUUUCACUUUGUGUAUUAAUAUUCAUCAAAGAACAACAUUAUCGUCUUAAUUCAAUGAUUGAUAAAAAUCCAAUAUGGUGUAGAAUAUUAAUGUUAUUCAUGAAAAUGGCACGUUUAACAAAUUAUUGUUGGAUGUUAAAUGAAGGUAUUAUACUUUGGCAAAUUGUUGUACAUCCAUUACCAAUCAAUGAAAUUGGUAUGAUCAAAUUCUAUCUGUUAGGAUGGCUUUCACCAUUCAUAAUAAUUUCAUUUUAUACAUUUAUUCAUUCAAUGAAAAAAUUCAAUACAAGUUGUUGGACAAAAUCAAUGGGCUAUUGGGAAUUGAUUUACAUUAUACCUACGAUUACAUUCAUUGUUAUAAAUACCAUAUUAUUAAUCUAUAUGAUGUAUGUAUUGUUAAAAAAAUUAACCACAACAAACAAUACAAAACAAUUACGUUCAAGUGUUUGUAAAUCAUUAUUAUUGGUACCAGUGUUUGGUAUACAUUAUAUUUUUUAUAUUGUACCAUUCGAUCCAUUUGAAUCAUGUGCUACAUAUCAAUUUAUAUUUCAUUAUGUUAUGAUUAUUACUGAAGCAUUACAAGGUUCAAUUGUAACGGCAGUAUUCUGUCUCUUCAAUCAAGAGAUUCAUACAAGUAUUAAAAGAAAAUUUCGAUUAAAAAGGCGUCGUCAAAAUAAUCAUUUUAUCAUUCAACGUCGUAAUACAACAACUGUCAACACCGAUGAUGAUGAUGAUGAUGCUACGGAGAUGGCAAAAUUGAAUCAAAUUGUAAAACCUAAUGAUUCAUGACUUUUUUUCUCUUUCUCUUUAGUAUCCUCAUCUCAUACAAUGAUGAUUAUUG